CUCAGCGAGUGGCGCCUCCUGCCCUUCCUCGUCGAGACAACGCGGCCGGUUCAUCGAGCCUCCUCUUCAAGUCGUCGUCGUCGUCCCGCCGAUGACGACGCAGGCGGUCGAGUUUCAUCGCCGGCGCGUCUUCUGCUCUCGUGCGAACUCCACGUCCGUCGUCUCAUGGCGAUGAUGCCGGCGUCGGAAUCCUCGUCGGAGUCUCGUCGGAACCAGAAGCAUCUCCUCUCUCAUCGGUCUCUUGUCUCCGUCGGUGGAGCUCUCUAAUCUUUAAGAUUUUUGCAAUUCUUCUGUUGAAUCAACCGACGAAGAUGCUUAGGAUGACUGUCGGCAUAUGAUGUUUAUGGGAUAUCGAGAUGAUCACUGGGCCGGCAGAGGGGCAGCAUCUUCUAGAAAUAAUUCGUGUCGGCAUUCGCUCGAAUGAUAUUUGCGAGGAAAAAGUAUGAGCCACAGGCAUUCGGUUUAAUGCAAUCUAUGUAUCGUUGGCUCUGACCUCCAACAGUAAUGUUCAGGAGUUUUAGACUCCCUCCAUCCGGGGGCAAGCUUGUUUGGUCCUUAUUUGAGCCUGUUUGUUGUUCACUUUGUAUGGCGGCAUCGGAGAAAGUAAAUGUGGUUGGGACUCUUCUCGGCAUGAAUGAGUCAGGUACAGAGAAGGAGACGGAGUGGGAGAGGUUACUUAAACCUUUUGAUUUGGAAGAACUACGAAAAUCACUUACGGGGAUUUCACCAUAUCAGCUUUGCAAAUUGCUCGUGCUUCCGAUUGAUGUGCCGAUGUCGAUGGAGUUAGUCGAGCGGGCAGGUGCACAGAAGAACUAUUCCCACACAUUUGAUGUAUACUGUAUCUUGAUUGAUAAGUUGGGUGCGGCAAAAGAGUUUAAGAUUAUUGAUAGACUGUUGUUGCAAAUGAAAGAAGAACAGAUUGCUUUUAGAGAGUCCCUUUUUCUAAUGAUUAUGAAACACUAUGGAAGAGCUAGUUUGCCUGGACAAGCCACACGGUUGCUCUUGGAUAUGAGAAGUGUCUAUUUUUGUGAACCAACAUUUAGGUCGUAUAAUGUUGUUUUGGACAUACUAGUAGCUGCUAACUGUCCAAAUGUCGCACCCAAUGUAUAUUAUGACAUGUUGAGUAAAGGUGUUUCUCCUACUGUUUAUACUUUUUUUGUGGUGAUGAGGGCCCUUUGUAUUAUUAAUGAGGUGGAUUCGGCAUGUUCUCUAUUGAGAGACAUGACAAGACAUGGCUGUGCGCCUAGUUCGUCAGUGUACCAAAUUCUUAUUCAUGCACUUUCCAAGAGAAAAAGAGUUGAUGAUGCGUUGAAAUUACUGGAUGAGAUGUUCCUUAUGGGUUGCAGACCUGAUGUUCAGACCUUUAAUGACAUUUUAGGCGGUCUGUGUAAGCUCAACCGGAUUCAUGAGGCAGCUAAAUUGUUUGACCGCAUGCUUCUUCGUGGGUUUACCCCUGAUGGUUUUACUUAUGGGGUUUUCAUUCAUGCUCUAUGCAAAGUGGGAAAAGUUGAUGAAGCGAGGGCUUUGUGGGACAAAAUGCCCAGUUCAGAUGUUGUGCUUUUUAAUACCAUGUUGAGUGGAUUUGUGAUGAACGGACGAUUCGAUGAAGCUAAGUCUCUGUUCUGUUGCCUUUUGGAUAGUCCCUACAAGCCAGAUGUCUUUUCAUACAACAUACUAACCUACGGACUUUGUCAGAAGGGGCAUUUGCACUCUGCACGGGAUUUGGUGAAUGAGAUGGAAGAUAAUGGUUGUAAGCCAAAUGUUAUCACAUACACAAUGUUGAUUGAUGCACUCUGCAAACUGGGUUACCUAAAUGAAGCUAAUUGUCUUCUGACUGAGAUGACAGGGAAGGGAAUCAACCUGAAUGUAGUGGGAUACAAUUGCCUCAUAUGCGCUCUAUGUAAGGAAAGAAGAAUUGCUGAAGCCCUGACAAUGUACGAUGAAAUGACAGACAAAGGAUGUAAGCCUGACAUAUAUACAUUCAAUUCUUUAAUACAUGGACUAACCAAGGAUGAUAAGGUGGAACAGGCCUUGGGAUUGUACCAUGACAUGUUAUUAGGAGGAGUGGCUGCUAAUACGGUUACCUAUAAUAUAUUGACGCAUGCCUUCUUAAAGAGGCAAGAGAUUCAAGAAGCUCUUAAGCUUGUAAAUGAAAUGAUAUUUAGAGGGUGUCCUCUUGAUAAUAUCACUUAUAAUGGCCUGAUUAAGGCACUCUGUCAAGCUGGUGCUGUUGAUAAAGCAUUGGGAUUAUUUGAAGAAAUGACCAGAAAAGGACUUCGUCCCAAUAACAUAUCUUGCAAUAUUUUGAUUAAUGGCCUCGGUCGAACUGGAAGAGUACAAGAAGCACUUGAGUUCUUAAGGGAUAUGGUACACCGAGGUUUGACACCUGACAUUGUUACAUAUAACAGUCUCCUGAAUGGCCUAUGCAGGGAAGGCCGCAUGCGUGAGGCUUUAAAUCUGUUUGACAGGCUAAAACUUGAAGGAAUUUGCCCAGAUGUUAUUACAUAUAACACUUUGAUCAGUUGGCAGUGCAAGGAGGGGUUGUUUGAGGAUGCAUGUUUACUCCUACGAGGUGGAUUAGAGAGUGGAUUUUUGCCCAAUCAUUGUACUUGGCAAAUUUUAGUCUGCAAUUGUAUAAGCCAGAUUGAUUCGUAAGCAAUUCCUAAAAUUUGGACAAAUUUUGGAAUUCUGAUCAUGAGGGCUAUAUAAAAUUCAUCAUGUAGAUACUGAGGGCUAAUUAUGUGAAGGCUUUUUAUUGGUCAUUCAUUGAGCUUGAAGAAUCCUUGAAAGUAGCACUUUUCUAUGAAGUGUUUCUUGAAGAGCUCUGAAUAGUUCAGAGGUUUCAAAUUCAUACAUGAAUAGGUAAGUCCUUGGCACCAAAUGCAAAAGGUGCUAGCUUAUGUAGUAAUGCUUGAAUCAGAUGAUUGAGUGCAUUGGCAAAGAUGCAUCAGAAAAUUAGUCAUUGGAGCUUCUACUCUUUGAAUUUUUUCAUGGUAUCUCUACUGCACAAACAUGUUGGAAAACGGUGCUCUGUCAUCAGCAAUCUCGACAAGCAUUCCGAGCUUUUGUACAAUAUUUGCUAACUUAAAAGGUAAAUUGGCAUCUAUCAGCCCAUCAAUCAGGCAUGUACUCUAUUGGAAGCACUAAAGAUUGAAAAGAGUGCCACAAGCUCUAUCAGCUGUUCGUCUGAUUCUAGUGAACAUGGAGGAUAAGUUAGCUUGUUAGUUAAGGAUGCAUCAGCUCACGCCUGAGAUUGUUUACAUGGGUUCAUAGACACUAGGGCUUGUGCUAGUACCAUACCUCUUUUUCUGUACACUCCCUUGAUAACUAAUAGGCAAAAAUGCCCUCAAGUUUUCAAGUUGGUAAAGUUUUUUACCUUUA